AAUAAUAAUUUUAAAGAAUGUAUUGUGGAGGAAAGUGUGGGCUUCUGUCUCUACUCUCCGCCUCUUUAAGUCUGCCCUGCGUCUGACUCCUUUCGGUCCCUUGCAGUUUGUAGAGCAGCCUGUACUCUGCCCCACAUUUUAUUGGGCGACCCGCCGUCACCGCCACAGCUCGCCAGACGCUGCGUAAAAGCCGCCGCGCCGCGCUUGGAAAUGUAGAUGUUUUGCGCGCAAGAAGUUCUCCGAAAUGGACUUAAGAGCCGAACUCCUCAAGUCCAUCUGGUACGCUUUCACGUCGCUGGACGUGGAGAAAUGCGGGAAAGUGUCCAAGUCGCAGCUGAAGGUGCUUUCUCACAACCUGUACACGGUGCUGAACAUCCCACAUGACCCCGUGGCUCUGGAGGAGCACUUCCAGGAUGAUGAUGACGGGCCGGUGUCUAAUCAUGGCUACAUGCCCUACCUCAACAAAUACAUACUGGAUAAGGUCAAAGAGGGGAUGUUCGACAAAGAGAAGUUUGACGACUUGUGCUGGAUGAUGACCAGGAAGAAGAACUUUAAGGGGCUGCCGGCCGGGGCGCUGCUAUCUGAAAGAGACUGCUUCAAGCUCUUUUGUUUAUUCAACCUCCUGUCCGAGGACCGCUACCCGCUGGUGAUGAUACCAGAGGAGGUGGAGUAUCUCCUCAAGAAGAUCUCCACGGCGAUGAGCCAGGAGUGGGAUGGGAAGCCACUGGAGGACCUGAUAUCCCAGGAUGCCACGGGGCGCGUCGAGGGCAUGUCUGUGUGGAGCUUCUUGGAGCACAUGGGUGCAGGCCAGCUGCUGAGGGUCACCAGCGCCGAGGCCUUCAGUCUGGCUUUGGAGGAGGUCUUCCUGGAGAUGUACCACAACGUCCUCAAGAGGGGUUACAUGUGGAAAAAGGGACAUGUGCGGAGGAACUGGACUGAGCGCUGGUUUGUGCUGAAGCCCUCCACCAUGGAUUACUACGUCAGCGAGGACUUAAAAGACAAGAGAGGGGAGAUCAAGCUUGAUAAGAGCUGCAUCAUCGAGCCAAUUCCAGACCGGGAGGGGAAGCGCUGCAUGUUCUGUGUGAAAACCCACAAUAAGACCUUUGAGAUGAGUGCGUCAGACCAGAGGCAGAAGGUGGAGUGGACUCAAGCUAUCCAGACGGCCCUCCGUCUCCAGAGCGAGGGCAAGUCCUCCCUUCACCACGAGCUCAAACUGAAGCGACGGGUCCAUCGGGAGCACAGCCAACGGGAGCGCAGCAGGAGCGCCCGGAGCAGCUGCAGCAGCCGGAGCAGCCAAUCAGACGACUCUCUUCUCCAAGAGAUAGAGAAGAUGGAGAAAGAGAAGGACAGACAGGAUCUGGAGAUAGAAACCAUCAUACAGCAUGCACGAGAAGUAGAAACCAGGCGAAGGGAGGCGGAGGAAAGAGAGAGGAGGAAACAGAGGGAGGUGCAGAUGGAGCUGGAGAGACAGCUGAAAGAGGCCGAGUCGCUGAGAGAUAGCAUGCAGGCAGAGAUGCAGGAGAAGGAAAGGGAGGCUGAGCAGCAGAAGAAGAGGAUCCAGGAACUGGAGCUGACGCAGCGGAAACUGGAGGCCGCUCUCAACAUGGAGAUCCAGGCCCGGCUGGAGGAGGAGCGGGCCAGGCAGGAGCUGGAGAGGUUGCUGCAGGUGGAAGACGAGAAGAAGAAGCAGUUCCAGCUCCUGCAGGAGCAGCAGAGGUCCUUGCAGAACCUCAUUCAGGAGGCCUCAGAUGGCAGCACAGACCAGGACACCCCCUCAGCUCUUCACUCAGCUUCUCAGGAGCUCCAGGACCUGCGGGCCUCCCGCCAGAGGAGCCACCAGCACCUGGAGGAGGUACAAGAGAAGUUGAGGAAUGCCAGUCAACACGUACGACACUGGAACGUCCAGCUGACCCGCCUGAUGACGCCCAUCUCUCCUGGAGAACGUUUGGAACAUCGCCUAUUAUCAAAACGACUGUGUCCCAAAAAGGAAGGCGCGCUGGCCAGCAACGAGUUCAUCACUAAACUGAAGGUAAAAGGCGAUCAGAACAACGUGAUGACGCCGGAGGACCAGGAGGGACUGGAGGAGCAGCUGGAGGCCGCCAACCUCUCAGACGGAUCGGACGAAUCACAGGAGAAACCCAACGGACAGAUGUGACGUUCGGCAGGUUCCAAGUUUUCAAAUCGACAAGUUCAGAACAAAGAAAUUCUGCAAAGGGGAAUGAGAAACGUAGGCUGCAAUACAAAAUGAGUUGUAUUAUAUUUAUAUGUUGAAAUGCACACUAAGAUGGAUGACAAAUGCAGUGUGAUGCUGGAUUUAAUGGACACUUAACACAUUAUAAUUAAGAUCAACAGAGAUUUACAGUUUUGUAUAAUAAAGUUUACUGGUGAAUAAUAAAAUGUAAUUUUGUGA